CAGGCGUAAGCCAUUCGAGUUGACAUCCUUGCAGCAGGAGGCGCUGUCUCUGUCGCUUGGAAUUCAGUCGCUCCCUUCUCCUAUACGCUUCGGACUGGUUACAUACUUGGAACCUUUUCUCUGUAUAGUCACCUCGUCACAGCUUUGCAAGGUUCUAGCGGCAGCGUUGAAGCACCAAUUUGUACAGCGAUAAUAAGAGUUUAUUACAGCCUCAGUAUAGUCACACCUCGUUUUAGUCACAUAUGGCGACCUACAGUUCACGAGCAGGGCUCAGCGGCUCCGGGAUUUCCGGGGGAGGGGGAGGUUCUGAAAUCCCGCUUUGGCAAGGGGAGGCAGAGAGAGAACAGUACGAGAGCUUCGCGGAUUUAUUCGCGAUUAUAAAGACUACCGAGAAGCUCGAAAAGGCGUACGUCCGGGAUUUGAUCUCCCCCGCGGAUUACGAGCCCGCUUGCGCGAGGCUGAUUGGUCAAUUCCGGACGCUGCGGACCGCACUGCAGGGUGCUGUACCCGAUAUAGAGCGAUUCAUGACAACGUACAAGAUGGACUGUCCUGCAGCUAAGAAUCGUCUACUGGUGGCCGGCGUUCCUGCUACUGUAGAGCAUAAAUCGGCUACUGUAGAGUGCGGGAGUGCUACUGUAGCGGUGGCUGAAACGGUGCAACACUUUAUAACGGCCAUGGAUACAGUCAAGCUCAACAUGCUGGCUGUUGAUCAGGUGCAUCCCCUCCUCUCGCUCCUCCUCAACUCCCUCUGCAGUGUGCCCUCUCUACCUGCCGAGUUCGAGGGCCGGACCAAGGUCAGGGACUGGCUGGUGCGGCUCAACGGCAUGAGUGCCAGUGAAGAGCUGUCAGAGGAGCAGGCGAGACAAUUAAGCUUCGACCUGGAGUCGUCGUAUUCAGUGUUCAUGCAGUCGCUGGGGAUAAAGAACUGAGUCGGAAGGCCAAGCCAGGCCAGAGAGAGGGACUGGCUUGUGGUGUGCGGCUCAACAAUAUGAGUGCCAGUGAAGAAUUGUCAGAGGAGCAGGCGCGGCAGCUGAGCUUUGAUGUAGAAUCUUCGCACUCUGUGUUCAUGCAAUCGCUCGGGAUAAAAAACUGAACUUGGGGGCAGGGGCAUGGCCAACGUGAGUCAAUUUUUGAGGCGCGUCAAAGUUAAAAAACUGAACUUGGGGGCAGGGGCAAGGCCAACGGCUGGCUGGUUGGUUGGUGCUCAACGGCAUGGGUGCUAGUAGCGAGGAGCUGUCCGAGGAGCAGGUCGGCAAUUAAGUCU